AAUGAUUCAGUCCUCUUUCUCGCUCAACGCCGCCAAAAAUACGUCCGUGCCCGCGCACCCGCAGGGCGCAACCAAAAACAUUUAGCGCAACACAUCUCAGUAUCAGUCUAUGUGAGAAGAACAAAGCAAAAAUGGCUUCGUGCAUUUGCGCUUCCCACUCUUCUCUUUUCCACGAUCGCCAUUAUGUUUCCACCUCAAUCUCUUCUUCAUUUUCUCUGCGCAAUUUCAAAUUCCCAAACGCCGCUUCCUCCCACAAAUCCCUCUCGCUUCACUCCAAAGCCUCUCAGGCGCUGCAUCAAGACGCUGCUUCUCACGACCCAGAUGCAAAUUCUUUAUCUUUAUCCAAAACCCGCAUCUGGGUCAAUCCCAACAGCCCCCGAGCCAAACACCUCCAACCGAAAUCGCCCAGCGCCAGGUACAGCUACCUCGCCAGACUCACCGAGUCGUUGAACUCGUGCACCCCCAGCGCGCAACACGUGUCCACGAUCCUCAAGGGUCUCCGUGACAACGUUUCAGAGCGCGACGCUGUGUUCAUUCUCGAUAAGAUGACGAACCCCGAAACCGCACCCUUUGUUCUCGGUCACUUCCGGGACAAGAUUAAACCCUCCACAGACAAAGAGGUGAUUCUCUACAAUGCUACUCUUAAGGCGUUUAGGAAGUCCAGGGAUUUUGAAGGUGCAGAGAAGCUGUUCGAUGAAAUGCUUCAGAGAGGGGUCAAACCUGAUAACAUUACAUUUUCGACUUUGAUAAACUCUGCUAGGAUGUGUGCCUUGCCCGAUAAGGCCGUGGAGUGGUUUAAGAAGAUGCCGAGCUUCGGGUGUGAACCUGACGCCAUGACGUGCUCGGCUAUGGUGUCUGCUUAUGCGCAAACUAAUAAUGUUGAUAUGGCUUUGAGCUUGUAUGGUCGUGCAAAGGCUGAGAAGUGGAGCCUUGAUGCGUCAACAUUCUCGACGUUGAUUAAGAUGUAUGGCGUGUUAGGGAACUAUGUUGAAUGCUUGAGAAUUUUCGGAGAAAUGAAGGUUCUCGGUGUGAAGCCUACUGUGGUGACGUAUAACACUCUGCUGGGUAGCUUGUUCAGAUCUAAGAAGUCUUGGCAGGCCAAGAAUGUAUAUAAAGAGAUGAUAAGUAAUGGGGUUUCACCGGAUUUUAUAACCUAUGCUACUCUUUUGCGAAUCUAUGCUGGAGCACAAUAUAGGGAAGAUGCUCUCAGUGUUUAUAAGGAAAUGAAGGGGAAUGGAAUGGAUAUGACUGUGGAUCUUUAUAACAGGCUAUUAGAUAUGUGUGCUGAUGUUGGUUGCAUAGAGGAAGCUGUUGAAAUUUUUGAAGACAUGAAAAGUUCUGGGACUUGUCAGCCUGACAGCUUGACAUUUUCAUCCUUAAUUACUGUAUAUUCCUGCAAUGGGAAGGUUUCAGAAGCAGAAGGAAUGUUGAAUGAAAUGAUCCAAUCUGGAUUUCAGCCAACUAUUUAUGUUCUGACAUCACUUGUCCAGUGCUAUGGGAGAGCUAAGCAAACUGAUGAUGUUGUGAAGAUUUUUAAGCAACUCUUGGAUUUGGGCAUUGUUCCAGAUGUUUACUUCUGCUGUUGUCUUCUGAAUGUUAUGACUCAAACACCAAAAGAAGAGUUUGGUAAGCUAACAGACUGCAUUGAGAAGGCUAAUACAAGGCUUGGUUCUGUGGUAAGAUAUUUGGUGGAAGGGCAGGAGGGUGAUGGAGAUUUUAGAAAGGAAGCAUCAGAACUUCUUAAUUCAAUUGAUUUUAAGGUAAAAAAGCCGUUAUGCAAUUGUCUAAUUGAUCUUUGUGUCAGCCUGAAUGCGCCGAACAGAGCACGUGACGUUCUGGACCUUGGACUGAUGCUUGAGAUAUAUAAAAAUAUACAAUCCAGAUCUGAAACCCAGUGGUCUUUGCAUUUGAAGAAACUCUCAGUUGGAGCUGCUAUAACCGCAUUACAUGUUUGGAUAAAUGACUUGUCUAAGGCAUUGGAAUCAUGGGAAGACCUUCCACCACUGCUUGGAGUUAAUACUGGACAGGGAAAACACAAGUAUUCAGACAAAGGUUUGGCUAGUGUAUUUGAAUCACAUUUGAGGGAACUCAAUGCUCCGUUCCAUCAGGCUCCAGAUAAGGCUGGCUGGUUUUUGGUUACAAAGGAGGCGGCCAAAUCAUGGCUGGAGUCUAGGGGUUCAGCUGAAACAAUUGAUGAUUUGAACUCUCAGGUUUCAGGUGCUUCAACAGUGGCGCUUCAGUAUCAAUAGGGUUGUUUUAAGAAUGAUAUGCCAUGUUAUUUUUAUGCAAUUUUCUUUUUCUUUUGUGGAAAUUUUGUAUUAGUAUUUAGUAAGUUCAAUAUAAGUAUCCCCUAAAAAAAGUUCAAUAUAGGUAUAUAUAGUAUUAAAAUUCUGGUUA